AUGAAUUUAAGAUUGGUAAUUUUUUGUUGCUUGCUUUAUGUUGCAAAUAAAGGGGUGACUUCAUCCCCUGUAACUGGAGAAGUAUCUGCGGAUGAUGACUUAAUAGUUAAUUUAAACAAUUUAGGCAAAAUCCGGGGUCAUAUUCUUCAAAGUGCGGACGGAAAGGAUUUUUACGCUUUUCAAGAUAUUCCUUAUGCGGAACCUCCUGUAGGAAAGAACAGACUUCAGCCCUCUAAACCUCAUGGUCCAUGGGAAGGAAUUCUGAAUACAACAGAAAAUAAAUAUGUCUGUCCACAACCAAUCGGCACGAAUUCAAAUGAAGACUGCUUGGUUUUGUCUGUAUAUACACCAGUGAAACCCAGUUCGGGUACAUCAUUACCAGUAUUCUUUUGGAUUCCUGGUGGAGCAUUUAUGGUUGGUAGCGGUCAAAUAUCAUCUUAUAAUCCAAGAUUCUUGAUUGAUUACGACAUAAUAGUUGUAACAAUAAACUAUCGACUAGGUGCACUUGGUUUUCUAACAACACUUGAUGAAACUAUCCCCGGUAACUUAGGACUCAAGGAUCAACUUUUGGCACUAAAAUGGGUACACGAUCACAUCCAUCAAUUUGGAGGCGAUCCUCACAAAGUAACAGUAGGUGGAGAAAGUGCUGGAGGCAUGUCAGCUGGAUUUCAUUUACUCAGUAGAGCAUCUAAAGGCCUUUUUAGGGGAAUCGUUCAACAAAGUGGAUCAUCAAUCUCGAGUGUAUUUUAUCCAUCAAACGACAGAGAGCUGGCAUUUGAAUUUGGCCAAACAUUAAAUAGUUCAUUUAAAUCAAACAAAUCAAGUGAUUUGUUAGAACUAUUACAACAAACAUCUUACUCAGAUCUACUAGCUCUUAAUAAUAAGUUUCUUUCUGGAAAAACAGCAGGAUUUAUGGAUGCAUUGACAUUUAAACCUAUUAUCGAAGAUGACAACGAUGAUGCUUUUAUUACUGAACCCAUGUUUAGUUCUGUAAUGAACCGUGAGUUUAAUUUAGUUCCAAUUCUUAUCGGCUAUAACUCCGAAGAAGCUCUGUCUUUCUUAGGGCAAAUUGGCGAACCAGCUAUUGUGGAGAGGGCCAAAUUACUUGAUGAAAAUAUAGCAAAUGUUGUAUCACGAUCUCUUAAUAUAGCCGAGGAAGACAUUGAAACAGUUGGUAAAAAACUGAAAGCAUUUUAUACUAAUUCUUCUUUCACUGAAGAUAGAAAUGGAUUAAUAAAGUUUACUAGUGACGAAGUGUUUAUACGAUCAACACUACGGGAAGCUCAAAGUACCUCUCGACACGUACCUGUGUAUUUGUCUGUAUUAUCAUGGUUACCAGAUAACAGUACCGAUAUAGGAGUGCCACAUACUGCAGAUUUAUGGUAUCUGUGGGAUAGACAAAACACCAAUAUAAAUAAUGAGGCCCUGCGAAAACCUUUGUUGAAAUGGUGGACUAAUUUUAUUAAAUAUCAAAACCCUACUCCAGUUGCUGAUGAAGAACUUCAAAAUGUGAUUUGGCCCAAAGUUCAUCCUAAUUCGGUUAAGUAUUUGGAUAUAAGUUCAAAGUUCUUAGUGAAGGAAAAUCCACGAAAUUACUACAGUAUUAAGCAGCUAUUGGACAGUUAUAUAAAUCCACCUUACAUAACGUACUAA